UUUAUUUUCAUUGUAGAAUAUUAAUAUCAAUGUUAUUUUGUUUGGAGAAAUGUGAAUAUCUUUUAUUAUAUUGGAAAUAAUGGAUUUCUGUGAUAUCAACACCGUUUGUAAGUACCAUCCAGAUGAUGGUGUUAUGGAGGACUACAGCACAGGUGAUGCAAUAUGUUUAACAUGUGGCCUCAUUGUUGGUGACUGUUUCGGUGAAGAAAACAAUGCGAAUGAAGUUAAUGCUUUGGGUACAGGCUAUAUUAAAGAUUUGACAAGUGCAGGAAACAAUGAAGUGCCCAAAAAGAAAUCAAAAAAAACUGUGAAGAUAGAAAAUACACUGAAUAAUUCAUCUAAUAUGAAAAAUGAGAUUGAUAUUCUCACAGGUACGAAAAUUAUUGCACAGGUAGGUCUUCGUAUGCACACAUCUGGUAAAAUUAUAACAUCGGCAAAUGUGCUAUUUAAAAAGUUACUCAACAAUUUUGAAAUCAAAGAGUAUUGCGUUAAGUAUCAAGCUGUCUGUUGUUAUUUUAUAAGUUGUUGUCGAAGAAAUAUACCAGUGACAUUUAAAGAUAUAUGUUUCGUGAGCAAAAUUCGAGCAAAAGAACUUAAUAAUUGUUAUGAGGCUGUUGCAAAAUUUUUGGACAAAACUAUUAAAUGGCCCAAUUAUUUAACACGUUUUUGUGCAUUAGCCAAUGUAAGCGAUGAGGUAGAAAACAAAGCAGCUGAGAUUAUUUUAACCGCAACGAAAGUAAAGGAUCGCUUGGGUUACGAGCUUGAGUCUGCAAUUGCCGCUGGAGCGUUAUUUGCUGCUGCUAAGAUACUGAAAAGAAGAGUGGCACUUAAACCAUUGUUAGCAGGUUUUCAGUUAAGAUAUGGUAUAAUAACUUAUAUAUGCAAUGAGUUCUGCAAAUCUAAAGAAUUACUGCAGUCGACUAGAAAACUUAGGAAAUAAUUUAUAUCAAAAAUAUUUUUGGUGUUUCUUUCAAUUAUUAUUAUU